AUGGCAUUUAGGAGGACAGAGGGAAUGUCCAUCAUGCAGGCCUUGGCAAUGACCGUGGCAGAGAUCCCCGUGUUCGUUUACACCACGUUUGGGCAGUCUGUCUUCUCUCAGCUGCGGCUCUCUCCAGGCCUGCGCAAAGUGCUCUUUGCCACAGCUCUGGGGACAGUGGCCUUGGCUCUUGCAGCUCAUCAGCUGAAGCGGCGGCGCCGCCGAAAGAAGCAGAUUGCUCCGGACAAGUGUGGCUUUAAGCCAGGAGGGAUCACAGUGCCCAUCCUGCCAACCAGGAGGGUCUCCUCCGUGAAGAAAGGAUACUCCAGCAGGAGAGUCCAGAGCCCUGGCAGCAAGAGCAAUGACACACUCAGUGGGAUUUCCUCCAUUGAACCCAGCAAACAUUCCAGUUCCUCCCACAGCCUCGCCUCGAUGGUAGCAGUCAAUUCCUCAAGUCCAGUACCCCCAGGGAUGUGGGAGGCCCAGGCAAUGGGAGAUGCUGGAGCCAUUGGUGAUUCCAGUGCAGAAAGCCUCUAUGUUCAAGGCAUGGAGCUGUUUGAGGAGGCCCUGCAGAAAUGGGAACAGGCACUGAGCAUCAGGCAGAGGGACAGUGCUUGUACCAGCACCCCUGUGCCCUGGGACAGCAGGAAACAGCAAGAGAGCAUAUCUGAGAACAUUUCAGAGGAGGAGUCCCAGAAAAGGGAGUUUGCUGAGAAGCUGGAGUCCCUCUUGCACCGAGCCUAUCACCUCCAGGAAGAGUUUGGCUCCUCACUCCCAUCAGACAGCGUGCUGCUGGAUCUGGAGAAGACUUUGAUGCUUCCACUGGCGGAUGGAUCGUUGCGGCUGCGGACGGAUGAUGAGGACAGCUCAGCUUCAGAGGAUUCCUUCUUCUCUGCAGCAGAGCUGUUUGACUCUCUCCCUUUUGAGAAAAUGCCAUUCCACCUCUCCAAGCCAGUAGCAGCAUAUGAAGAAGCUCUGCAGUUGGUGAAAGAAGGGAAGGUCGCGUGCCGGACGCUGAGGACAGAGCUCCUUGGCUGCUACAGUGAUGAGGAUUUCCUGGCAAAGCUGCACUGUGUCAGGCAGGCAUUCCAGGAGCUGCUGGAGGAUGAAAGCAAUCAACUGUUUUUUGGGGAGGUUGGGAAGCAGAUGGUGAUAGGACUGAUGACAAAAGCUGAAAAGAAUCCCAAAGCUUUCCUGGAAAGCUAUGAGGAGAUGCUGCGUUAUGCCUUGAAGCAAGAGACCUGGCUGACCACUCAGCAGGAGCUCGAGGGAAGAGGGGUGGUGUGCAUGAACUUCUUUGAUAUCGUGCUGGACUUCAUCCUGAUGGAUGCUUUUGAGGAUCUGGAGAACCCUCCCUCCUCCGUGCUGGCUGUGCUGCGCAACCGCUGGCUGUCCGACAGCUUCAAGGAGACGGCUCUUGCAACUGCUUGCUGGUCAGUUCUGAAAGCAAAAAGGAGGCUUCUGAUGGUACCAGAUGGCUUUAUCUCUCAUUUCUACUCCGUAUCGGAGCAUGUCAGUCCUGUUCUAGCCUUUGGUUUUCUGGGGCCCAAGCAGCAGCUAUCUGAAGUCUGCAGUUUCUUCAAGCACCAGAUCGUGCAGUAUCUGAAGGACAUGUUUGACUUUGACAACGUGAGGUACACCACAGUGCAGUUGCUGGCAGAGGACAUUUUGCAGCUGUCACGACGGCGCAGCGAGAUCCUCUUGGGAUAUCUGGGCACUGAGACUUCCCCGGAGAUGAACGGCACGCUUCCUGGGGAAACCGAGCUGCUGAAGGAGGAGCUCAUCUGAUGUCAAUGGAGGAAAACUCUUUUGUACAAAGAACUUUUCCUCCCAGAGAUGGUUAAAACUCCCUGCAAAGUGCAGCGGUGGCAGCAAGACUAUGUGAACACACAGCAGUCUGGCGGGACCUUCUGCUUUUUGUAGCCAGUAGUGUUUGCUGGGAUGGAUCCAGGACCACUUGCCAACUUAUGGUUUGAAUUUCUUCUUUGUUCCACCUUCCUGUCAUUAUUAUUACUUUCAAUGUUUCCUCUAUACAUUGUGUCCUGAGCUGCCCAGACCCAGAUUUUUGCCCAAUUCUCUUGAAUAGGGCAAUGU